AAAAUAACAAGAAUUCCACGACUACAUCGUGUGCGAUUUUUUGUAUUCGCAUAUGAUAUCGUUGCUGACAGUAAGUUUUGGGGCACCAACCCGACGCGUGCAUAACUUAAAGUAUCUUCAACUUUUAUUUCGCUUUCCAUUUCAAAGAAAUUUUCUUAUAUUUUGGAUUGGCCACAACGUAAAGUAAAUCGAAAUAUUAAAAUAAAAUAUACAGUCAAUCGCGUCAGGUGCCAUAUGUGUAUAUAUUUUACCGCUUUUAAGGCUGAAAAUAUUAAUCUUUCUUAUGUCAUGUCGCAUCACAGCGAUGAUCACCUUUUACAGGCUGGUAGUGAUUCCUUUUGGGAGCCUGGUAACUACAAGCGCACCACUAAACGAAUUGAAGAUGGCUACAAGCUUUGCAAUGAUUUGCAGACACUUAUACAGGAACGUGCCGAUAUUGAAAAAGGAUAUGCGAAGAAUUUACGUGCAUGGUCGAAAAAAUGGGGAGAGCUAAUCGAAAAAGGUCCCGAAUAUGGCACUUCGGAAGCCGCUUGGAAAAGUGUACUCACGGAAGCUGAACGCAUCAGUGACGUGCACUUAAAAAUAAAAGAAAACCUCUGUAACGAUGUAAACAGCCAAAUAAAAUCUUGGCAGAAAGACAACUACCAUCAUACGCUGAUGCAGAUUAAGCAACGCAAGGAUAUGGAGGAUAUGUUUAAGAAGGCUCAAAAACCUUGGGCUAAAUUACUAGCUAAAGUAGAGAAGACAAAGUCUGAUUAUCACGCUGCUUGUAAAACAGAACGUAGUGCCACCAAUCAGGAACGGAAUGCCACAGCAGAUAGCUCAUUAUCGCCAGACCAGGUGAAAAAAAUGCAUGAUCGCGUUCAAAAAACUAAAGAUCAAGUGGCUAAAUGUCGAGAGAAAUACGAACAAUCUAUCGCGGAGAUUACCAAAUAUAAUUCGGUAUACAUCGAGGAUAUGACGUCGGUGUUUGAAAAGUGCCAAGCCAUGGAGAGGACUCGAUUAAUGUUCUUCAAAGAGGUCCUAUUUAACAUACACUCCUGCUUGGACCUCACGAAGGUGCAAUGUCUACCACAAAUAUAUGAAGAAUUCUACCAUACCAUAAAUAAUGCGGACCAACAAAAGGAUCUCAAAUGGUGGUCGAAUAAUCAUGGUGUCAAUAUGGCUAUGAAUUGGCCAGCAUUUGUGGAGUAUACUGAGGAGUUCCGUGAUAUAGCAAAGGGUAGCAAAUCAAAGGAGGCACUUCCGGCAGCACCAAUUACACUCAUCAAUCAGCGACCAGUCGCUGAGGACCCACAUGAUUAUAAUACGAAUAGCCUAAAGAAAAAUGCAUCAUAUUCAAGCAAAGGUAGUGGAAAGGCCAUCCAACAAGAGUCUUCGUCUUCCCCAACAUCGGCAACAGGGUCCACAGCUGCGGGGACCGGGAAAGGUUUCAGUACAACCUCAACUGCAAAUAACCGCAAUUCAAGCGUAACUAACGGUAACAGCAAACCCGAAGUCAAUCCCUUCGAGGAAGAGGAGGAAUGGGAUGAGGGUGAUAAUGUGUUAGUGGAUAAUGGCGAGAAAGGUAUUCCAGUUAAGGCUUUAUAUGAUUACGAAGGAGCCGAAGAUGAUGAGCUGACAUUUAAACAAGGUGAGGUCUUUGAGAAACUAGAAGACGAAGAUGAGCAAGGUUGGUGCAAAGGGCGCAUGAAUGGGCGUGUUGGCCUUUACCCCGCAAAUUACGUAGAACCGCUACAUACGUAAACAUAACACAUUUUUAAAAAUAUUAUUAUCAACAAAUUAUUAGUUACAGUUAAUUUCAACCCUAAACCCUUAAAAUUAUAUAUAGAAAAAAAUUUUUUUCGCAUAAAAAGGCGCGCUUGAAAAACUGGAUUAAAACAGUAAGCAAUAUUUCAAACACAUCACCGUUGUAACCAUAUUUUGUGAUUGUAGCAUAUUGUUUUUUUUUUUUUAAUUUAUAUAAAUACUUUAGAACUUAAACGAUUGUUUGGAACAAUUCGCGAAAAGCAAAUAGCAAUAAAUAGGUCUUGUCAGCUCAUUGAUAUUAGCAGAGAUGUAUUUAUAAAUGUGAUUUUACUCGAUAUCAAGCUGAAAGCAUUUUAAGAUCAAAUUCAAUAAUUCUCCCAAUUUCAAACUAGUGCCCAAAAUAUAAUUAAACUUAUAUAUGUAUAUGCGUUAUAAGAUAUUCUGUUCAUUUAAAUAAUAUAAAAACUGAUACUAAAUUUGGCAGAUUAAAAAGGUUUUGGAACUCGAAAUUAUAAGGACAGAUUUUUAUUUAUCAGUAAACAAAAACUUCAUGUCUCUUUAAAAUCGUAAAAGUCUUCACUAGAUGUAAAAGAUAUGCAUGAAAAUAUUAUUAUUAAAAUUGUAUCGACAUGCAACAACUGCCCGUUAUUUAUCUAUGAAGUUAUUUGGAUGCUCUUUUAUUGACGAACCUUCUGUUCAUAGAAAUUUAUCGUUUUUAUAAAUGCAACUGAAAUUUAUAGAGCACAAUAUACAAAAAAAACAAUAUGAAAAGGGAAAGUACCAAAACAAAAACAAAAAAAAAAAAAAAAAUAAAACAUAAAGUAUUAUAUUUUACUUUUCUACCAAGUUCGUUUCGAGUUCCAUGCAUGCAUAAUCAUAAAUACUAGAUAUAGUACAUACAAUGUAUCCUCCGAACAAUAACAACAUAUUAUGUUUGUGGCUAUACAGAAGUAAAGAUAGUUUAAUAAAAUAAUUACCAUGAAUUGAAAACCCA